AUGGAAAGAAAGUCAGAAGAAGAAAACAUAGUCAGAAGGGAUUCUGAUGAUGAACCUAUGCUAUUGAUGGCUUACGAAUAUGAUGAUGAUGAACCUGUGCGAUUGGUAAUUUCUGAUUCUGAAGGAGACUUUGAAUAUGAGUCAGAGUCAGAAGAUGACUCUGAAUUUGAAGUCGAGUCUGAUUCUCAAUACGAGUCUGAAUCUGAAGAUGAGUCGGAAUAUGAAGGUUCUGAAGAUGAGUCAGAAUCUAAAGGUUCUAAAGAAAAGUCAGAAUUUGAGGGUUUUGGAGCUGAAGUUGAGUUAGAAGAUGACUCUGAAGCUGAAGGAGAAGUUGUCUCUAAAGAGGAUUUUGCCUCGGAAGAUUAUGAUGAUGAUCUAGAAUCUGGAGGUAAUCCAAUAUCUAGAAAUGGAGCUUCUGGAGGUGGAGCUUUUGAAGGAAGAACUUCUGAAGAUAUUGAUUCUGAUUUUGAAGAUGAGUCAUAG